CGUGGAGUAGGUUAACCUAUAUGAAUAUUUUGUACAGCUUGUUGAGUGAAUUUAAGGAAAAGUCAUGGCCUUUGCCAUAAAUAGGGCUAGCUGUAUGCUUUUCCGUCUGAACACGGGUUCAAGCAAUAGUUAUAAACACCUCAAACUUUCAAGGGUAUGUGCAGUUAAUUUUUCAAUCAAAACUGAUAUUCCUGAAGUAGAAGAAGAAGUUGAGAAACUAUGUCCACCGGUAGGAGAAGGAAAAAUAUUCAAAAAUGUAGACGAAGUAGUAUCAGAUAUACCAAACGGUGCUAGACUCUUGGUUGGUGGAUUUGGACUUUGUGGAAUUCCAGAAAACUUAAUAGCAGCCAUACUGAAAAGAGGUUCAAAAGAUUUAACUGUUGUCUCAAAUAAUGCAGGUGUUGAAGACUUUGGAUUGGGUUUACUUUUGAAGGAACACAGAAUUAAGAGAAUGAUUGCUUCUUACGUGGGUGAAAAUCCUGAAUUUGAAAGUCAAUAUCUUAGCGGUCAAUUAGAAGUUGAAUUAACACCACAGGGUACAUUGGCAGAACGUAUUCGUGCAGGUGGAGCUGGUAUACCAGCCUUUUAUACACCUACCGCAUAUGGAACUUUAAUUCAAGAUGGUAAUGUAGUUGUGAAAUACGACAAAAAUAAAAAUGCAGAAAUAUCUGGAGAUCCAAGAUCCGUAGCACAGUUUGAUGGUAGAAAUUAUAUUAUGGAAACUGCGAUCAAAGGAGAUUUCGCGCUUGUAAAAGCAUGGAAAGCGGACAAAGCUGGAAACUUAAUUUUCAAAAAAUCGGCUAGAAAUUUUAAUCCGGUAAUGUGCAAAGCGGCUAAAGUAGCUAUUGCCGAAGUUGAAGAAAUUGUAGAAAUUGGUCAGUUGGAUCCAGACAAUAUACAUUUGCCUGGUAUUUUUGUUGACAGAAUUGUUAAAGGUCCGUCGUACGAAAAACGAAUAGAGAAAGUAAUAACAAAAGAAUCAAUGAAGCCUAAAAAAGUGACACCAGCGAGCAAGGCAAGGGACAGGAUCGUGAAGCGCGCUGCUCUUGAAUUUGAAGAUGGAAUGUAUGCCAAUUUGGGAGUCGGUAUACCUACCCUUGUGUGCAAGUAUAUUCCUAAAGACGUGAAAGUAACGUUGCAAUCUGAGAAUGGUAUUCUCGGUCUUGGCCCCUAUCCAACCGAAUGUGAGAUCGAUCCAGACUUGAUUAACGCUGGAAAGGAGACAGUCACGGUAUUACCGGGAGCAUCAUUCUUCUCUAGCGAUGAGAGCUUCGCCAUGAUUCGAGGAGGUCACGUGAAUAUGACUAUGCUUGGGGGCAUGCAAGUAUCGGAAACUGGAGAUUUGGCUAACUGGAUGAUUCCGGGAACUAUGGUAAAAGGAAUGGGAGGUGCAAUGGAUCUAAUUUCUGCGGCAAGUACGAAAGUAGUGGUCACCAUGGAACACAAAGCUCGCGAUGGAAGCCCAAAGAUCUUGAAAAGUUGUACAUUGCCCAUUACAGGUCAACAAUGCGUAGACUUAAUAAUUACAGACAUGGCAGUGUUUGAAGUAGUCGUGGGACAAGGAUUAAAGCUUAUAGAAAUUGCACCCAACGUCGAUAUUAGUGAUGUCGUUAGUUCUACCGGCUGCACAUUUACAGUAGCCGACGAUCUAAAAGAAAUGAGACAGGUGGAUGUAAAUGAUUGUGAAUAGAACCAACCGAAGUUCUGCUAAAAAUUAAAUUUAAACGAGACAGGAUUAACAUUUUUAAUCACUUGCUUCGUUUGGGUAUCACGGUUCUCGAUUGUAAAAUUAUACAUACGUACGUAUAUUUAAGAAUAUCUUGCAAUUGCAUUUGCUUAUUAUAAGUGUACUAUAAAUACAAUGCGGCGGCUAGAUCUUAAUUAAAGAAGUAAUAUAAUUUUGUAAUACAUACGCUGAAAGAGGAAGAAACAACAAAGUUUUGAUAGAAUGGGCAUCGUUUAUAUUUUUAUCAAUGUUGUUCGAUCAACAAUUAU